AUGGGCGAUGGGGGCGCGGAGCGCGACCGCGGCCCGGCACGCCGGGAUUCGCGCGGCGGGCGCGGCGGGGACCGCGGCGGAGCGGAGGACUCGGGCGCCGAUGCCGGCCGCCGCAGCCCAAGGGAGAUUGCGGGGACCUCCGCCUCUAGCCCCGCGGGCUCCAGAGAGAGCGGCGCCGACAGCGACGGCCAGCCCGGGCUCGGAGAGGCAGACCACUGCCGCCGCAUCCUGGUGCGAGAUGCCAAAGGGACCAUCCGGGAGAUUGUCCUGCCUAAGGGUUUGGACCUGGACCGGCCCAAGCGGACCCGCACAUCCUUCACGGCUGAGCAGCUGUACCGCCUGGAAAUGGAGUUCCAGCGCUGCCAGUAUGUGGUGGGCCGAGAGCGCACCGAGCUGGCCCGCCAGCUGAACCUCUCCGAGACCCAGGUGAAGGUCUGGUUCCAGAACCGCCGCACCAAGCAGAAGAAAGACCAGAGCAGAGACCUGGAGAAGCGGGCGUCCUCCUCGGCCUCCGAGGCCUUUGCCACAUCCAACAUCCUGCGGCUGCUGGAGCAGGGCCGGCUGCUGUCUGUGCCUAGGGCCCCCGGCCUCCUGGCGCUGACCCCUGGCCCAUUGGGCCUGCCUGCCGGCCACAGGGGCACCUCACUGGGUGACCCCAGGAACUCCUCCCCGUGCCUCAACCCACUGACCUCAGCGUCGGCGUCCCCGCCCCUGCCACCCCCUCCACCGGCCCUCUGCUUUUCCACUGCCCCACUCCUGGACCUGUCUGCCUGCUAUGAACUGGGCUCCUCGGCCUUCGCACCCUACAGCAGGCUAGAACGGAGAGUGGGCAGCCCCAGCGGCAGCGGCGGUGACAAGAAAGCCAACAUUUAAGCCUCCACCUCCCUGCCACACCAGUCCCCAAGCACGGCACCACCCCUGCCUCCCCUGCCCCAUGGACUGCCCUGAGCAGGCUCCCAGAGAGGCGGGCAGCCUCACAUCUGGCCCCACCUGCCUUUCAACUCAGAGACUGUUGCCCAGAAGGCCUUGGUCCCGCAGCUUGUGUGUGCGAGUGCAGUGUGCGUGUGUGUGCCUCUCACUGAAAUAAAAGGAAAACAAUGACAAGAAGGGAAACAGAGUCUCCACAGCACCACCACUGCCCCUCGAUCCCAUCCCUCCCUCUCCUCACCGGGAAGGAAAAUGGGCUGAGCCAGGAGACCUCUAAUGGGAGGGAGCAAAAACUGGAGCCAUG